UGACCUGAGAUGACCUCAUUUUCCCAGCAUUCUUGUCAUAACAAUAUGGCGGCGCCCUUCGACGUGCAGCCGUAAAGUGAGCCAGAUAUUUAUAUGCGACAAAUUAAGUUAGAUAUUUGGCUGGCUGAUGUUAUAUAUUUAUAAACAGUACUGUCUUGUUCGAUAGACAACAGAAAAUGUUGUUUUUAGCGGUGUUUUCGAGUUUGGUGUAUUCUACAGUCGGAGCUGAUUUGCAAGGUGCUUUGAAUGAUGUUUGGGAUUUCACUGAGAGUUACCUGCUGUCUGUGUGGCAGAACAGGUUUUAUGUGUACACUACUGCUGCUGUUCUCAUAGGAGUCUGGUUUAUUGUCAACAUGCUUUUCAAAAAGUCAAAAACGGUCAACCCUGUAAAUCCAUGGCCAUAUAAGUCUGCAAAAAAACAGGAACUUUCACCUGUAACAGAAAAGGUCAUUCAUGUUUCUGGGGUCAAAGUCUUCUAUGGAUCACAGACAGGAACAGCAAAGGGGUUUGCAAAAGAGCUUGCUGAAGACGUCAGCACUCAGGGGAUCCAGUGUGAGGUUAUAGAUAUGAAAGAGUAUGACCCAGAUGACAGACUGGCUGAGGAGUGUACAAGCAAGAUGAUCUGUGUGUUCCUGGUGGCCACAUACACUGACGGACAGCCCACAGAGAGCGCCGAAUGGUUCUGCAAAUGGCUUGAGGAAGCGUCCACUGACUUCCGAUAUGGGAAAACAUACCUGAAGGGAAUGAGAUAUGCUGUCUUUGGGCUGGGGAACUCCGUUUAUGUGGGCCAUUACAACACUGUCAGUAAGAGCAUAGAUAAGUGGUUGUGGAUGCUGAGUGGCGCACGGAUCAUGACCAGAGGAGAAGGCGACUGCAACGUGGUGAAGAGCCGACAUGGCAGCGUGCAGGCCGACUUUCAGGCCUGGAAAACGAAGCUCCUGAGCCGGCUGCAGGCCCUGGCCAAAGGGGAGAAGAAAGCCUGCUCUGGCAAGUGCAAGAAGAGCAGCUGCAAGAAUAAGAAGAAACAUAAGGAGGAGGCAGAGGACAGUCGCUCGCUCGCUGAGAAGAACAACUCUGAGGAGGAGCUGAUGGAGUCCAGCAGUGAUGCGGAGUCCUCUGCUGAGGAAGAGAAGUCUCAUGGCUCCGUCAUUGACAUGGAGGACCUUGGGAAUGUGAUGAAUCGUAUGAAGAAAGCCAAGAGGAUGGAGGGAGAUGAAGAGGAGUCCCAGAGGGUGAAGCUGUCAAAGCAGAAUGGAGUGAGGAAGAGCGAGACAGAGGAGGAGCGGAGAGAGAUGAUCACUCCUGCCUUGAGAGAUGCUCUGACUAAACAAGGGUAUAAACUAAUAGGAAGUCACUCCGGGGUGAAACUGUGUCGUUGGACUAAGUCAAUGCUGAGAGGGAGAGGAGGCUGCUAUAAACACACCUUCUACGGGAUUGAAUCGCAUCGAUGUAUGGAGACCACGCCGAGCCUGGCCUGUGCCAACAAAUGCGUUUUCUGCUGGAGACACCACACCAACCCAGUGGGAACAGAGUGGCGCUGGAAAAUGGACCCGGCCGAGAAGAUCAUUCAGGAGGCCAUGGAGAACCACAGGAACAUGAUUCGGCAAUUCAGAGGAGUUCCAGGGGUGCGUCCCGAGCGUUUUGAAGAGGGCCUCACAGUCAAGCACUGUGCUCUGUCUCUGGUGGGCGAACCCAUCAUGUAUCCUGAGAUCAACACCUUUCUUCGACUGCUUCACCAACAGAACAUAUCCAGCUUCUUGGUCACCAAUGCCCAGUUUCCUGAGGAGAUCAGGAAUCUUGUGCCUGUUACACAACUUUAUGUUAGCGUUGAUGCCAGCACCAAGGACAGUCUGAAGAAAAUUGACCGUCCCCUCUUCAAAGACUUCUGGCAGCGCUUUUUGGACAGUCUCAGAGCGCUUGGUGAAAAGCAACAGCGAACGGUGUACAGACUGACCUUGGUGAAGGCCUGGAAUGUGGAUGAGCUGAAGGCCUACUCAGAUCUCAUCGCCCUUGGCCAGCCAGAUUUCAUCGAGGUCAAGGGAGUGACUUACUGUGGCGAGAGCUCAGCCAGUAGCCUGACAAUGGCCAACGUACCCUGGCACGAGGAGGUCAUCUACUUCGUGCAGCAGCUGGCCAACCUGCUACCAAAUUAUGAAAUUGCCUGCGAACACGAGCACUCCAAUUGUCUGUUACUUGCACACCACAAGUUCAAAGUCGAUGGGGAGUGGUGGACGUGGAUUGACUAUGAGCGCUUCCAGGAGCUCAUUCAAGAGUACGAUGAGAGCGGAGGCACCACAAGCUUCUCUGCAAUGGACUAUAUGGCCAAGACCCCCAGCUGGGCCAUAUUUGGGGCCCGAGAGAGGGGAUUUGAUCCUUUGGACACACGCUUCCAGAGAAAGAAUAAGACCAAAGAUAUCUCAGGGUGUUGAUAUUACUCUUGCCUUCCUACUUUAAGUCUGUUGCGGAAUGUGCAUUUUAAAUGAUUAACACCUGAUUAACUGCCCUCAAGAUUAAGACUUUUGUUUUUAUUAUUUUAGCCAAGGCUCAGUUUGUGUUCCAAGACUUGCGUUAGGGAUCUAAUUCUGGUGAGCAUAAAGUACACAUUUGCUGUCCUUC